AUGGAGUCAAAAGAACAAAACGAAUACCAUAGUACAAGGGAACUUCUGGAUUAUUAUAAAUCCAGAUUGUUUUUAGCAGAACAAGCAACAUAUGAUGAUAUUUUUGCACGUCUUCAAGAGAUUCAACAAGGAUUAUCAAGAAUGCAUUCGCUUGAAAGAUCAUUACAGGAAGCAAUUGAAGAAAUUGAAACAAUAAAUGAGAAAAAUAUUGAACUUUUGGAGAUUUUAAAGGAAGUUAUUGGUGAAAAUAUAGCACUUAGAUCAAAAGUUCAAUUUGUUCAGCAGAAGUAUGGGUAUGACAUUUCAAAUUAUUGUAAAAUUUUAAAUAAUCAACCAAAACAUAAACAAUAUUAUGAAACAAUUAUUACCCUGCUUAAAAACAAAAUUGAAGCACAAAAAAAAAUGCCAUGUGAUUACAAACGUAUGAAUGAGCUUAUUAUAAAAUGCGAAAAGCUCGAACGGGUGGUAUUUGAAGGAGUUCACGAAAUCCUUCGCGAAAGAAAAACAAGAGAAAAUUAUGAAAUACAAGUUAAAGAAGCCAAGGCUAAAAUUGAAUUGCAAGAGAAAGAACUAAAACAGAGAAUUGAGGAAGCAAAUUAUACAUCGAAAAUAAAAUUAGAUCAAAAUACAAAUCAAAUAUUUACGUUACAACAACAAAACGAAGAACUAAAACAUAAAUUAAUUGAAUCCCAGAAUAAAAUCGAUAAUAUAAAAAAACAUUCAUAUGAUACAAUUCAAGAAUUCGAAAAACAAAUUAAACAAUUAAAAAAAAGGUAUUUAUUCCAAAAUAUGGCGAUCGUUAAUAAUAUUAGACGUACUACAAAAAUAAGCCCCGAACUUCUUUUAGAAAUUGCAUCUUUAUAUACAAAAAUAAAAUCUCUUGAAAGAAUGGCUUUAAAAUUCGCACCUCUUGAAGGUUAUCAUGUUAAUGAAUUAUUUUCUGAUAUUGAACUUGUCAAAAAAAGAGCACAACAUAUAGAAAAUAUCUUAUUUGAUAAAAAAAAAAAGUGUAAAUAUUAA